GAGGGAAGCCGAGGGCUGUUUGAGGCCGGGGAGAUAGAGCGUGGGGUUGGGGCCCCGUCUCCCCGGAGGCGCCUCCUGUCGCCCUGGCUCCUCUCGGCCUCCACGCAAGCACCUGGCUCGCCUGGCCCGGCGCGCAGAGCGAAGUGACUUCCUGCCCCUGGAGCCGGCGGGCUGCGCGGGAACAGCGGCAGGCACCCUCUCUGCUUUUGGUGUCUCGAGAGGGCGGGCGGAAGAGGAUCUGUGGCGUCAGGGUGUCCCCAUCGCUUGGGGCAGGAGUGUGAGCUGCAAGGGAGCGUAUCUGGUAGGCAGGGCCAUUGAAAGGCCUGCGGAAGAGUUAAUGGUGUGUUUGUUGAAGAAAGAAGAAAAUCAAGUCAUGAAACUGCUCCUUAAUGUAGAGUGAAAUGUGACUGUUACAUUCGCGGGGAGGAUGGGCCGGGCAAACUCAUGGUUAUAAUACUUCUCUCUUGAGAAACAAACUAGCUCAAAAGAAAAAUGGCGUUUGUUGCAACACAAGGGGCCACGGUGGUUGACCAAACCACUCUGAUGAAAAAAUACCUUCAGUUUGUGGCAGCUCUCACGGAUGUAAAUACACCUGAUGAAACAAAGUUAAAAAUGAUGCAAGAAGUUAGUGAAAAUUUUGAGAAUGUCACUUCAUCUCCUCAAUAUUCUACAUUCCUGGAGCACAUCAUCCCUCGAUUUCUUACAUUUCUUCAAGAUGGAGAAGUUCAGUUCCUUCAGGAGAAACCAGCCCAGCAACUGCGGAAGCUCGUUCUUGAAAUAAUUCAUAGAAUACCAACCAAUGAACAUCUUCGUCCUCAUACAAAAAAUGUUUUGUCUGUUAUGUUUCGCUUUCUGGAGACGGAAAAUGAAGAGAAUGUUCUUAUUUGUCUAAGAAUAAUUAUUGAACUACACAAACAGUUCAGGCCACCCAUCACCCAAGAAAUUCAUCAUUUUUUAGAUUUUGUGAAACAGAUUUACAAGGAGCUUCCAAAAGUAGUGAACCGCUACUUUGAGAACCCUCAGGUGAUCCCUGAGAACACAGUCCCUCCCCCAGAAAUGGUCGGAAUGAUCACAACGAUUGCCGUGAAAGUCAAUCCUGAGCGUGAGGACAGUGAGACGAGAACACAUUCCAUCAUUCCAAGAGGAUCUCUUUCUUUGAAAGUGUUGGCAGAAUUGCCCAUCAUUGUUGUUUUAAUGUAUCAGCUCUACAAACUGAAUAUCCACAAUGUUGUUGCUGAAUUUGUGCCCUUGAUCAUGAAUACCAUUGCAAUUCAGGUAUCUGCACAAGCCAGGCAACAUAAGCUUUACAACAAGGAGUUGUAUGCUGAUUUCAUUGCUGCUCAGAUCAAAACAUUGUCAUUUUUAGCUUAUAUCAUCAGAAUUUACCAGGAGUUGGUGACUAAGUACUCUCAGCAAAUGGUGAAAGGAAUGUUACAGCUACUUUCAAACUGUCCAGCAGAAACUGCGCACCUCAGAAAGGAGCUUCUGAUUGCCGCGAAGCACAUCCUCACUACCGAGCUGCGAAACCAGUUCAUUCCUUGCAUGGACAAGCUGUUUGAUGAAUCCAUACUAAUUGGCUCAGGAUAUACUGCUCGAGAGACUCUCAGGCCCCUCGCCUACAGCACGCUGGCCGACCUUGUGCACCACGUCCGUCAGCACCUGCCCCUCAGUGACCUCUCCCUCGCCGUCCAGCUCUUCGCCAAGAAUAUUGAUGACGAGUCCCUGCCCAGCAGCAUCCAGACCAUGUCCUGCAAGCUCCUGCUCAACCUGGUGGACUGCAUCCGCUCCAAGAGCGAGCAGGAGAGCGGCAAUGGGCGGGACGUGCUGAUGCGGAUGCUGGAGGUUUUUGUUCUCAAAUUCCACACCAUUGCGAGGUACCAGCUCUCUGCCAUUUUUAAGAAGUGCAAGCCUCAGUCGGAACUCGGAGCCGUGGAAGCAGCUCUGCCGGGCGUGCCCGCGGCCCCCGCAGCUCCCGGCCCUGCCCCUUCUCCAGCCCCUGUUCCCGCCCCAGCCCCGCCCCCGCCCCCCACCCCUGCCACCCCUGUGACGCCAGCCCCCGUGCCUCCCUUUGAGAAGCAAGGAGAAAAGGACAAGGAAGACAAGCAGACAUUCCAAGUCACGGAUUGCCGGAGUUUGGUAAAAACCUUGGUCUGUGGCGUCAAGACAAUCACGUGGGGCAUAACGUCGUGCAAAGCGCUUGGUGAAACUCAGUUCAUUCCCAACAAGCAGUUGCAGCCCAAAGAGACGCAGAUUUACAUAAAACUUGUGAAAUAUGCAAUGCAGGCUUUAGAUAUUUAUCAGGUCCAGAUAGCAGGAAAUGGACAGACAUACAUUCGAGUAGCAAACUGCCAAACUGUUAGAAUGAAGGAAGAGAAGGAGGUAUUGGAGCACUUUGCCGGCGUCUUCACGAUGAUGAACCCAUUAACGUUUAAAGAAAUCUUUCAGACUACAGUCCCUUAUAUGGUGGAAAGAAUCUCAAAAAAUUACGCUCUUCAGAUUGUUGCCAAUUCCUUCUUGGCAAAUCCUACUACCUCUGCUCUGUUUGCUACAAUUCUGGUGGAAUAUCUCCUGGACCGCCUGCCAGAAAUGGGCUCCAAUGUGGAGCUCUCCAACCUGUACCUCAAGCUGUUCAAGUUGGUCUUUGGCUCUGUCUCCCUCUUCGCAGCUGAAAACGAACAAAUGCUGAAGCCUCACCUGCACAAGAUUGUGAACAGCUCAAUGGAGCUCGCCCAGACUGCCAAAGAACCCUAUAACUAUUUCCUGCUGCUUCGAGCCUUGUUCCGCUCCAUCGGGGGAGGUAGCCAUGAUCUCCUGUAUCAGGAAUUUUUGCCUCUCCUUCCAAACCUACUGCAAGGGCUAAACAUGCUGCAGAGCGGCCUGCACAAGCAGCACAUGAAGGACCUCUUUGUGGAGCUGUGUCUCACGGUGCCCGUGCGGCUGAGCUCGCUCCUGCCCUAUCUGCCCAUGCUGAUGGACCCCUUGGUGUCGGCUCUCAACGGCUCGCAGACGUUGGUCAGCCAAGGCCUGAGGACUCUGGAGUUGUGUGUGGACAACCUGCAGCCCGACUUCCUCUACGACCACAUCCAGCCCGUGCGCGCAGAGCUCAUGCAGGCUUUGUGGCGCACCUUACGCAACCCUGCAGACAGCAUUUCGCACGUGGCCUAUCGUGUCCUUGGUAAAUUUGGUGGCAGUAACAGGAAGAUGUUGAAGGAGUCCCAGAAGCUGCACUACGUCGUGACUGAAGUUCAAGGCCCCAGUAUCACAGUGGAGUUUUCCGACUGUAAAGCAUCUCUUCAGCUCCCGAUGGAGAAGGCCAUCGAAACGGCUCUGGACUGCCUGAAGAGCGCCAACACGGAGCCCUGCUACCGGAGGCAGGCGUGGGAAGUGAUCAGGUGCUUCCUGGUGGCGAUGAUGAGUCUGGAGGACAAUAAACACGCACUCUACCAGCUCCUGGCACACCCUAACUUUACAGAGAAGACCAUACCCAAUGUCAUCAUAUCACAUCGCUACAAAGCUCAAGACACUCCAGCUCGGAAGACGUUUGAGCAGGCUCUGACCGGGGCAUUCAUGUCCGCUGUCAUUAAAGACCUCCGGCCCAGUGCCCUGCCCUUUGUAGCCAGCUUGAUUCGCCACUACACGAUGGUGGCAGUUGCCCAGCAGUGCGGUCCCUUCUUGCUCCCCUGCUACCAGGUGGGCAGCCAGCCCAGCACCGCCAUGUUUCACAGUGAAGAGAACGGGUCGAAAGGAAUGGACCCCUUGGUCCUCAUUGAUGCGAUAGCUAUUUGUAUGGCGUAUGAAGAAAAGGAACUUUGCAAGAUCGGGGAGGUAGCCCUCGCUGUGAUAUUUGAUGUUGCAAGUAUCAUCCUGGGCUCAAAGGAGAGGGCGUGCCAGCUGCCCCUCUUCUCUUAUAUCGUGGAACGCUUGUGCGCGUGCUGCUACGAGCAGGCCUGGUACGCAAAGCUGGGGGGUGUGGUGUCCAUUAAGUUCCUCAUGGAGCGGCUGCCUCUCACUUGGGUUCUGCAGAACCAGCAAACCUUCCUCAAAGCUCUUCUCUUUGUCAUGAUGGACUUGACUGGAGAGGUUUCCAAUGGGGCAGUCGCCAUGGCCAAGACCACCCUGGAGCAGCUUCUGAUGAGGUGUGCGAUGCCCCUGAAGGACGAGGAGAGGGCUGAGGAGAUCAUGGCGGCCCAGGAGAAGUCCUUCCACCACGUGACCCAUGACCUGGUUCGGGAAGUCACGUCUCCUAACUCAACUGUGAGGAAGCAGGCUAUGCACUCCCUGCAGGUGCUGGCCCAGGUCACCGGGAAAAGCGUGACCGUGAUAAUGGAACCCCAUAAGGAGGUUCUCCAGGAUAUGGUCCCACCUAAGAAGCAUUUGCUCCGACACCAGCCUGCCAAUGCGCAGAUUGGCCUGAUGGAGGGGAACACGUUCUGUACCACGUUGCAGCCCAGGCUCUUCACAAUGGACCUUAACGUGGUGGAGCAUAAGGUGUUCUACACAGAGCUCUUGAAUUUGUGCGAGGCUGAAGAUUCAGCUUUAACAAAACUGCCCUGCUAUAAAAGCCUUCCGUCACUCGUACCUUUACGAAUUGCAGCCUUAAAUGCGCUUGCUGCCUGCAAUUACCUUCCUCAGUCCAGAGAGAAGAUCAUCGCUGCCCUCUUCAAAGCCCUUAAUUCAACCAACAGUGAGCUCCAGGAGGCCGGGGAAGCCUGUAUGAGAAAGUUUUUAGAAGGUGCUACCAUAGAAGUAGAUCAAAUCCAUACUCAUAUGAGACCUUUGCUGAUGAUGCUGGGGGACUAUCGGAGCUUGACACUGAACGUCGUGAAUCGUCUGACCUCGGUGACCAGGCUCUUCCCAAACUCCUUCAAUGAUAAAUUUUGUGAUCAGAUGAUGCAACAUCUGCGAAAGUGGAUGGAAGUGGUGGUCCUCACCCACAAAGGGGGCCAGAGGAGCGACGGAAACGAAAGCAUUUCAGAGUGCGGGAGAUGUUCCUUGUCUCCAUUCUGUCAGUUUGAGCCUGCCGUGGAAGGGGUAGAGGAAAUGAAAAUUUGUUCGGCAAUCAUAAACCUUUUUCAUCUGAUCCCAGCUGCACCUCAAACUCUGGUCAAGCCUUUGUUAGAGGUCGUAAUGAAAACAGAACGUGCUAUGUUGAUCGAGGCCGGCAGUCCGUUCAGAGAGCCUCUGAUCAAGUUCCUGACCCGCCACCCCUCGCAGACGGUGGAGCUGUUCAUGAUGGAAGCCACGCUGAACGACCCCCAGUGGAGCAGGAUGUUCAUGAGUUUUUUAAAGCACAAAGAUGCCAGACCUCUUCGAGACGUGCUGGCGGCUAACCCCAACCGGUUCAUCACGCUGCUGCUGCCCGGCGGCACCCAGACUGCCGUGCGCCCCGGCUCACCCAGUACCAGCACCCUGCGCCUGGACCUGCAGUUCCAGGCCAUCAAGAUCAUCAGUAUUAUAGUUAAAAACGAUGACUCCUGGCUGGCCAAUCAGCACUCUCUGGUGAGCCAGCUGAGACGUGUGUGGGUCAGCGAAACCUUCCAAGAAAGACACCGGAAGGAGAACAUGGCUGCCACCAACUGGAAGGAGCCCAAGCUGCUGGCCUACUGUCUGCUGAGUUACUGCAAAAGGAAUUACGGAGACAUAGAAUUGCUGUUCCAGCUGCUCCGGGCCUUCACUGGUCGUUUCCUCUGCAACAUGACGUUCUUAAAAGAGUAUACGGAGGAGGAGAUUCCCAAAAAUUACAGCAUUGCUCAAAAACGUGCCCUGUUUUUUCGCUUUGUGGACUUCAACGACCCCAACUUCGGAGAUGAAUUGAAAGCCAAGGUUCUGCAGCAUAUCUUGAAUCCUGCUUUCUUAUACAGCUUUGAGAAGGGGGAAGGAGAGCAGCUCUUAGGACCUCCCAAUCCAGAAGGCGAUAACCCGGAGAGCAUCACCAGUGUGUUUAUAACCAAGGUCCUGGACCCGGAGAAGCAGGCGGACAUGCUGGACUCGCUGCGCAUCUACCUGCUGCAGUUUGCCACGCUGCUGGUGGAGCACGCACCCCACCACGUCCACGACAACAACAAGAACCGCAACAGCAAGCUGCGCCGCCUCAUGACCUUCGCGUGGCCCUGCCUGCUCUCCAAGGCCUGCGUGGACCCCGCCUGCAAGUACAGCGGGCACUUGCUGCUGGCCCACAUUAUCGCCAAGUUUGCGAUACACAAGAAGAUAGUCCUGCAGGUUUUUCACAGUCUUCUCAAGGCCCAUGCAAUGGAAGCCCGAGCAAUUGUCAGGCAGGCAAUGGCUAUUUUGACUCCGGCGGUGCCUGCCCGAAUGGAGGACGGGCACCAGAUGCUGACCCACUGGACGAGGAAGAUCAUCGUGGAGGAGGGGCACACUGUCCCCCAGCUGGUUCAUAUUUUGCACUUGAUAGUGCAGCACUUCAAGGUGUACUACCCGGUGCGGCACCACCUGGUGCAGCACAUGGUCAGCGCCAUGCAGAGGCUGGGCUUCACGCCCAGCGUCACCAUCGAGCAGAGGCGGCUGGCCGUGGACCUGUCCGAAGUCGUCAUCAAGUGGGAGCUGCAGAGGAUCAAGGACCAGCAGCCGGAUGCAGACAUGGACCCAAAUACAAGUGGAGAAGGAGUCAACUCUGUCUCAUCUUCCAUUAAAAGAGGGCUGUCAGUGGACUCUGCGCAGGAAGUGAAGCGCUUCAGGACGGCGACGGGAGCCAUCAGCGCAGUGUUUGGGCGGAGCCAGUCUCUGCCGGGUGCGGACUCCCUCCUUGCCAAGCCCAUUGACAAGCAGCACACGGACACCGUGGUGAACUUCCUCAUCCGCGUGGCCUGUCAGGUCAACGACAACACCAACACUGCGGGGUCUCCUGGGGAGGUGCUGUCCCGCCGGUGUGUCACUCUCCUGAAGACGGCCUUGCGACCGGACAUGUGGUCCAAGUCGGAGCUCAAACUCCAGUGGUUCGACAAGCUGCUAAUGAGCGUGGAGCAGCCCAAUCAAGUGAACUAUGGAAACAUAUGCACAGGAUUGGAAGUGCUGAGCUUCUUGCUGACCGUGCUGCAGUCCCCAGCCAUCCUGAGCAGCUUCAAACCCCUGCAGCGUGGAAUCGCGGCCUGUAUGACGUGCGGAAACACCAAAGUGUUACGAGCCGUCCACAGCCUUCUUUCACGCCUCAUGAGUAUUUUCCCAACGGAGCCAAGCACUUCGAGCGUGGCCUCCAAGUACGAGGAGCUGGAGUGCCUCUACGCGGCGGUGGGCAAAGUCAUCUAUGAGGGCCUCACCAACUACGAGAAGGCCGCCAGCGCCAACCCCUCCCAGCUCUUUGGGACCCUGAUGAUCCUCAAGUCUGCCUGCAGCAACAACCCGAGCUACAUCGACAGGCUGAUCUCGGUCUUCAUGCGCUCCCUGCAGAAGAUGGUCCGAGAGCACCUGAGCCCGCAGGCCGCCUCGGGCAGCACGGAAGCCACCUCAGGAACCAGUGAGCUGGUGAUGCUGAGUCUGGAGCUGGUGAAGACGCGCCUGGCUGUGAUGAGCAUGGAGAUGAGGAAGAACUUCAUCCAGGCCAUCCUGACCUCCCUCAUUGAGAAGUCCCCCGACGCCAAAAUGCUCCGGGCCGUGGUUAAAAUUGUGGAAGAAUGGGUUAAAAAUAAUUCCCCGAUGGCAGCCAAUCAGACACCUACACUCCGGGAGAAGUCCAUUUUGCUUGUGAAAAUGAUGACCUACAUAGAAAAGCGUUUUCCAGAAGACCUUGAACUAAAUGCACAGUUUUUAGACCUUGUUAACUACGUCUACAGGGAUGAGACGCUUUCUGGCAGCGAGCUGACUGCGAAACUUGAGCCUGCCUUUCUCUCUGGGCUGCGCUGCGCCCAGCCGCUCAUCAGGGCCAAGUUUUUCGAGGUUUUCGACAACUCUAUGAAGCGGCGCGUCUACGAGCGCCUGCUCUACGUGACCUGCUCCCAGAACUGGGAGGCCAUGGGGAACCACUUCUGGAUCAAGCAGUGCAUUGAGCUCCUCCUGGCCGUGUGUGAGAAGGGCACGCCCAUCGGGACCAGCUGCCAGGGCGCCAUGCUCCCGUCCAUCACCAACGUCAUCAACCUGGCCGAUAGCCACGACCGCGCGGCCUUCGCCAUGGUCACGCACGUCAAGCAGGAGCCCCGGGAGCGGGAGAACAGCGAGUCCAAGGAGGAGGAUGUGGAGAUAGAUAUUGAACUAGCUCCUGGAGAUCAGACCAGCACACCCAAAACCAAAGAACUUUCGGAAAAGGACAUUGGAAACCAGCUGCAUAUGUUAACCAACAGACACGACAAAUUCCUUGAUACGCUCCGGGAAGUGAAGACUGGAGCCCUGCUCGGCGCUUUCGUCCAGCUGUGCCACAUCUCCACCACGCUGGCUGAAAAGACGUGGGUCCAGCUUUUCCCCAGGUUGUGGAAAAUCCUGUCUGACAGACAGCAGCAUCCUGCUCUUGGGUUCCAGGCUCUGGCGGGCGAGGUCAGCCCAUUCCUGUGCAGCGGCAGCCACCAGGUGCAGCGGGACUGCCAGCCCAGCGCCCUCAACUGCUUCGUGGAGGCCAUGUCCCAGUGUGUCCCUCCCAUCCCCAUCCGGCCCUGCGUGCUCAAGUACCUGGGGAAGACCCACAACCUCUGGUUCCGCUCCACCUUGAUGCUCGAGCACCAGGCCUUUGAGAAAGGGCUGAGCCUGCAGAUUAAGCCCAAACAAACAACGGAGUUUUAUGAGCAGGAGAGCAUCACUCCACCUCAGCAGGAGAUUCUGGAUUCCCUCGCUGAGCUUUACUCUCUGUUACAAGAGGAAGACAUGUGGGCGGGCUUGUGGCAGAAGCGUUGCAAGUACUCGGAGACGGCGACGGCCAUCGCCUAUGAGCAGCACGGGUUCUUCGAGCAGGCACAAGAAUCAUAUGAAAAGGCAAUGGAUAAAGCCAAGAAAGAACAUGAGAGGAGUAAUGCAUCCCCUGCUAUUUUCCCAGAAUACCAGCUUUGGGAGGACCACUGGAUUCGGUGCUCCAAGGAGCUGAACCAGUGGGAAGCCUUGACAGAGUACGGCCAGUCCAAAGGUCACAUUAACCCUUACCUGGUCCUGGAGUGUGCUUGGCGGGUGUCCAACUGGACCGCCAUGAAGGAGGCGCUGGUGCAGGUAGAAGUAAGUUGUCCAAAGGAGAUGGCGUGGAAGGUCAACAUGUACCGUGGAUACCUGGCGAUCUGCCACCCUGAGGAGCAGCAGCUCAGCUUCAUCGAGCGCCUGGUGGAAAUGGCCAGCAGCUUGGCCAUCCGCGAGUGGCGGCGGCUGCCCCACGUGGUGUCGCACGUGCACACACCUCUUCUCCAGGCAGCCCAGCAAAUCAUUGAACUUCAGGAAGCCGCUCAAAUUAACGCAGGCUUACAGCCCACCAACCUGGGAAGGAACAACAGCCUGCAUGACAUGAAGACAGUGGUGAAGACCUGGAGGAACCGGCUGCCCAUCGUGUCUGACGAUUUGUCCCACUGGAGCAGCGUCUUCAUGUGGCGGCAGCAUCAUUACCAGGGUAAACCUACCUGGUCCGGCAUGCAUUCAUCAUCUAUUGUAACAGCCUAUGAGAAUAGUUCUCAGCAUGACCCAAGUUCAAACAAUGCUAUGCUUGGGGUUCACGCAUCGGCUUCAGCAAUCAUCCAGUAUGGAAAAAUUGCCCGAAAACAGGGACUGGUCAAUGUAGCUCUGGAUAUAUUAAGUCGUAUUCAUACUAUUCCAACCGUCCCUAUCGUGGAUUGCUUCCAGAAGAUUCGGCAGCAAGUCAAAUGCUACCUGCAACUGGCAGGAGUCAUGGGGAAGAACGAGUGUAUGCAGGGCCUUGAAGUUAUUGAAUCUACAAACUUAAAAUACUUCACAAAAGAGAUGACGGCUGAAUUUUAUGCGCUGAAGGGAAUGUUCUUGGCUCAGAUCAACAAGUCUGAGGAAGCAAACAAAGCCUUUUCUGCAGCUGUGCAGAUGCACGAUGUGCUGGUGAAAGCUUGGGCCAUGUGGGGCGAUUACCUGGAAAACAUCUUUGUGAAGGAGCGGCAGCUGCAUCUUGGAGUGUCUGCCAUUACCUGUUACCUGCAUGCGUGCCGGCAUCAGAAUGAGAGCAAAUCAAGAAAAUACUUAGCCAAGGUGCUGUGGCUCUUGAGUUUUGAUGAUGACAAAAAUACUUUGGCAGAUGCCGUCGACAAGUACUGCAUCGGUGUGCCCCCCAUCCAGUGGCUGGCCUGGAUCCCGCAGCUGCUCACCUGUCUGGUGGGCUCCGAGGGAAAGCUGCUUUUGAACCUGAUUAGCCAGGUUGGACGAGUGUAUCCCCAAGCCGUCUACUUUCCCAUCCGGACCCUGUACCUGACCCUGAAGAUAGAACAGCGGGAGCGCUACAAGAGCGAUUCUGGACAGCAGCAGCCAAGUUCAGUGGGUAACCAGUCCCAUUCUGCAUCAGAUCCAGGGCCCAUAAGAGCCACGGCCCCCAUGUGGCGCUGCAGCCGAAUCAUGCACAUGCAGCGGGAGCUGCACCCGACCCUGCUGUCUUCCCUGGAAGGCAUCGUCGAUCAGAUGGUCUGGUUCCGGGAAAACUGGCACGAGGAGGUUCUCAGGCAGCUCCAGCAGGGCCUGGCGAAGUGCUACUCUGUCGCAUUUGAGAAAAGCGGAGCAGUGUCGGAUGCCAAGAUUACGCCCCAUACUCUCAACUUCGUCAAGAAGCUGGUGAGCACGUUCGGGGUGGGCCUGGAGAACGUGUCCAACGUCUCGACCAUGUUCUCCAGCGCGGCCUCCGAGUCCCUGGCCCGGCGCGCACAGGCCACCGCGCAGGACCCUGUCUUCCAGAAGCUGAAGGGCCAGUUCACAACCGAUUUUGACUUCAGUGUUCCAGGUUCCAUGAAGCUUCAUAAUCUUAUUUCUAAACUGAAAAAGUGGAUCAAAAUUCUGGAGGCUAAAACCAAGCAACUUCCAAAAUUCUUCCUCAUAGAAGAAAAGUGCCGGUUUUUGAGCAAUUUCUCAGCACAGACAGCUGAGGUAGAAAUUCCUGGGGAAUUUCUGAUGCCAAAGCCGACACAUUACUACAUCAAGAUCGCUCGGUUUAUGCCCCGGGUGGAGAUCGUGCAGAAGCACAACACGGCCGCCAGGAGGCUGUACAUCCGGGGGCACAACGGGAAGAUCUACCCGUACCUGGUCAUGAACGACGCCUGCCUGACGGAGUCGCGGCGGGAGGAACGCGUGCUGCAGCUGCUCCGCCUGCUCAACCCCUGCUUGGAAAAGAGGAAGGAAACCACCAAGAGGCACUUAUUUUUCACAGUCCCGCGCGUGGUGGCCGUGUCCCCGCAGAUGCGCCUGGUGGAGGACAACCCGUCCUCACUCUCCCUGGUGGAGAUCUACAAGCAGCGCUGUGCCAAGAAGGGCAUCGAGCACGACAACCCCAUCUCCCGCUACUAUGACCGCCUGGCCACCGUGCAGGCGCGCGGGACGCAGGCCAGCCACCAGGUCCUCCGAGACAUCCUCAAGGAAGUCCAGAGCAACAUGGUGCCGCGCAGCAUGCUUAAGGAGUGGGCCCUGCACACCUUCCCCAACGCCACCGACUACUGGACCUUCCGGAAGAUGUUCACCAUCCAGCUUGCGCUCAUCGGCUUUGCGGAGUUCGUCUUGCAUCUCAAUAGACUCAACCCCGAGAUGCUGCAGAUCGCUCAGGACACUGGCAAACUGAACGUGGCCUACUUCCGAUUUGAUAUAAACGAUGCAACUGGGGACUUAGAUGCCAACCGUCCUGUCCCUUUUCGCCUCACACCCAACAUUUCUGAGUUUCUGACCACCAUCGGUGUCUCUGGCCCGCUGACCGCGUCCAUGAUCGCCGUCGCCCGGUGCUUCGCCCAGCCCAACUUCAAGGUGGACGGCAUCCUGAAAACCGUGCUUCGGGACGAGAUCAUCGCUUGGCACAAAAAGACGCAGGAGGACACGUCAUCUCCUCUGUCAGCCGCCGGGCAGCCCGAGAACAUGGACAGCCAGCAGCUGGUCUCCCUCGUCCAGAAGGCUGUCACGGCCAUCAUGACCCGCCUGCACAACCUCGCCCAGUUCGAGGGCGGGGAGAGCAAAGUGAACACCCUGGUGGCCGCCGCCAACAGCCUGGACAACCUGUGCCGCAUGGACCCCGCCUGGCACCCCUGGCUGUGAGCUCGGCCGCGGUUGGCCGGGAGGGCGGUGGUUCCCCUGCUAGCUGGAGGGGCGUGAGCGUCAGGAAGGUGAGGCCGUUCGAGGUGGGAGCGGAGACUCACCCACAGCUUUUAAAGUAACCGUUAACGAAGCCAGGAUUCCCUGGUGUGGAAUUUGUGAAUUCUUUUUUAUUGAGUCCCUCCCUCCGUGUGAAUGUACAGAUUGAAAACGCUGCUGUGUCGUCGUUUUUAACUUUCAGAAGUUACACCUCCCAGGAGCUUCGUGCUUUUGUACAGAACUUUGUAACAAGUGUACAGAAAACCCACUUCGUUAGAGAACAGGAAAUUGUGAACAAACUGUGUUGGAUUUUCUCUGAGCACAAACUUUUACGCUGUACGUAGCCAGCCUCGGAGCCUCUCUGAGCAGCCGACCGGAUGGAUGAGGCCCGGGGCCCCAAGGGCCGCCUGCUCCCCCCGCGUUCGGCGUCGGACUCCUCUGGGGAAACAGAACUGGAGAGCUGGCGGUGAGCCUUACUUUACAGGCUGGCUCUUUGGAUGUCUUCUAGACAUUUGCUGUCACUGUACUUGGAAAAAAGGAACACUUUUUCCUUCUUAAUUUAGAAAGAAGCAACGAAGGUUUGUUCGAUAACUCCAGUCUGUUAUGUUCACAUUUUUAUAAAUAUGAGCCUUGAGAAUGCUCUAUCUGAAUUUGUACAGCGUGAUUUUUUUAGAAUAAAUAUUUUAUAAAAGGA